AGACAGAUGGUUCCAGCUUGGCGUCAGCGGCUAGGCAUUAUUAAACUUCAAUUUUGCAUGUUCGAUUCCAGCUAAAACCAAAGAAACGAUGGCGAGCACUCGGGAUUCACAUUCAUACGCUUGCGAUGAAUGCCGAGUUCGAAAGUCAAAAUGUUCGAAAGAACGACCAACUUGUGCACAGUGCAGACAGCUGCAGAAAGAAUGCAAUUAUAGCCCUAAAGUAUCUAGGAGUCCUCUUACAAGACAGCAUCUCACAUACGUUGAAGAUCGUCUUCAUGCUUUUGAAAAGGCUCUCGGAAAUCUCUUUCCUGGGACUGAUCUAGAUGGUCUCGUGAAUUCUCUCCUGCAGGAUCAGGAGAGCCGGCCUAAGGCCGAGGCAUCUCCUUCGGACUCGUCCUCCAGACAGUCUCCCUACAUUAAGUCUGAAGUCGAGCGGGAAGAGCCUGCUCCAGAGACGUUGCCACAGCAAGCAGAUGGAUUUGAUUGGGCAGAGAAAGAGAUAGCCCUUGGCGACUUGACCGAUGGCAUGGCCGCCCUGUCUAUCAAGCCGGAAGGAGCUGGAUAUUUCGGCGCCUCUUCAAGUGUGGUGCCGCUUCGAGCCCUCAGAGACCACGGGUUCGAUUUGAAUAUUCCCCGUAGCUCCAAGUCAAUCUCUGCUCAUCGAGUUCCGCGGAAAGCACAGCUGCUAAGCUCUGCACCUUCGGGCCUUAUCGAGCAAGCCUUCAUGGAUGCUUAUUUCAUGAACUACCACACCAGUUAUCCCUUCGUCCACGAGGCAACUUUUAGGGCGCAAUUUUACGAACAGAUCCCACGUCCACAUGGUCCGGCAUGGCACAUCCUCUUGAACACUAUUCUAGCUCUCGGGGCUUGGAGCAUUGGCGACGACACAUCCGACUUGGAUAUAACAUUCUAUCAGGAAGCGAGAAGCCAGCUGCAGCAGAUGUCUGUCUUUGAGGCUGGCAACUUGACACUCGUCCAGGCCUUAUUGCUUUUGAGCAACUAUGCCCAGAAACGUGAUAAGCCUAACACCGGUUGGAAUUUUCUGGGGCUUGCAGUCCGGAUGGCCAUGAGUCUAGGUCUUCACAAGGAGUUCCGCGAGUGGAAGAUCAGCCUCCUGCAGCGGGAAAUCCGCAGAAGGCUAUGGUGGGGAGUUUACAUUUUCGACAGUGGAGCUGCAAAGACAUUUGGGCGCCCAAUACUGCUCCCCGAAGAGCACAUAAUGGAUGCUAAGCAAGUGCUCAAUAUCCCCGACGAGGCCCUUAUUCCGUCCACUACCACUGUUCCACCGGAAUCCGAUGGCCCAACCAUAUAUUCAGGAAUGAUCGCCCAAGCCCAAUUCCACCUUCUCACGAACAGUGUCUACCAACGUCUCAUUUCAACCCCAAGUGUCACCCCAGAGGAGACCCUGGCUUUACAGAAACCCAUGGAUGAUUGGUAUAAUAACCUUCCGCCUUACCUUCAACGACCCUGCUCAAACCCAGAACCCGACUGGCUCGCCCUCAGUCGGAACCGGCUUAUGUGGCGCCAGUGGAACCUACGAACACUGCUCUUCCGUCCUAUCGUACUCCGCUGGGCAUCGAGGAGAUGGACUCCUAAUGUUCCUACGGAACCUGAGGAUCCUGCAGAGAGGGAGUGCAGGAUGUAUUGUCUGCAGCAUGCCAGAUCUACCAUCCUUUCGAUUAGCGAUUAUAUGGAAAAUAACAUGUGCACAAGGCUAGGCGUGUGGUAUAUUCUAUAUUUCCUUUUCCAAGCUGGGGUCAUCCCAAUCAUCUUCCUUAUGACAGAUCCCACGAACGCGGACGCUCCUUCCUGGCUCCAGGAUAUUGACACCACGAGAAGGCUUCUCUCCCACCCGACCCUGAGUACUAACGUUCUUGCCGGCCGUUGCUUGGACGUUAUAAAUCGCCUCUGCUCUCCUAUCGUAACCACAACCACGGGUGCAGAGCAGUACGCACAGCAACAACUCAUGAUGCACUCACCAGGCCACUUGUUCAACGAUAACCCAUUCAGCAAUCUCUUCCCACCUGAUUUCCAUGGCGGUGCUGUGGAUUUCUCCGAAUGGGUCAAUUUCCCUACUCAGGGUGACUUCACUUGAAUCAUCGCUAGUCCAUUCGGUUAUAACACAGACCCUAUAAUGGAUCUACAAUGGCGACCGAUUCCUGUCCCUUGUAUCCAUCCGUGAUGGAUACUGAACCAGAGAGACGGACUAGGCUACCAACACCAGGAAAGAAACCCAGCAGUCGCUGAGGUUCC